AUGGCGUGGGCUAACCAGGGAAUGCAGGCGCUGAUCCCUGUGAUCAACCGCGUCCAGGAUGCUUUCUCUCAGCUCGGCACCAACGUCAGCUUCGAACUUCCACAAAUCGCUGUCGUUGGAGGACAAUCCGCCGGAAAGUCAUCAGUACUGGAGAAUUUUGUGGGAAAAGACUUCCUUCCGCGUGGUUCUGGAAUUGUUACUCGUCGUCCAUUGAUCUUGCAACUCAUUCAAGAUCGCAAUGAGUAUGCCGAGUUUCUCCACAAGAAGGGACAUCGUUUCACGGAUUUUGACGCUGUCCGAAAGGAGAUCGAGGAUGAAACCGAUCGUGUCACGGGACAAAACAAGGGAAUCAGUCCCCAUCCAAUCAACCUGCGUGUGUUCUCCCCAAAUGUCUUGAACUUGACUCUUAUCGAUCUUCCGGGUCUUACCAAGGUUCCAGUCGGAGACCAACCAGCCGAUAUCGAGACCCAAAUCCGUGACAUGAUCCUUACUUUCAUCAGCCGCGAGACCUGUCUCAUUCUGGCCGUCACACCAGCUAACAGCGAUCUUGCCACUUCUGAUGCUCUCAAACUUGCCAAGGAAGUCGAUCCACAAGGACUUCGUACUAUUGGUGUUCUUACCAAACUCGACUUGAUGGACGAGGGAACCGAUGCUCGUGAAAUUCUGGAGAACAAGUUGUUCACCCUUCGUCGUGGAUAUGUUGGAGUUGUUAAUCGUGGACAGAAGGAUAUUGUGGGACGCAAGGAUAUUCGAGCUGCCUUGGAUGCCGAACGCAAAUUCUUCAUUUCUCAUCCAUCGUACAGACAUAUGGCUGACCGUUUGGGAACCACUUAUCUCCAACAUACUCUUAAUCAACAACUCACCAAUCAUAUCCGUGACACUCUUCCAACACUUCGUGAUAGUCUUCAAAAGAAGAUGUUUGCUAUGGAGAAGGAUGUUGCUGAGUAUAAGAACUUCCAGCCAAAUGAUCCUGGACGCAAGACCAAAGCUCUUUUACAAAUGGUCACUCAAUUCAACGCUGACAUCGAGCGCUCUAUCGAAGGAUCUUCUGCCAAACUGGUUUCUACCAAUGAGCUAUCUGGAGGAGCCCGCAUCAAUCGUCUUUUCCACGAGCGUUUCCCAUUCGAAAUUGUCAAAAUGGAAAUCGACGAGAAGGAGAUGCGAAAAGAGAUUCAAUUCGCUAUCCGUAACAUCCAUGGUAUCCGUGUUGGUCUCUUCACUCCAGAUAUGGCUUUCGAAGCGAUCGCCAAGAAGCAGAUCGCUCGUCUGAAGGAGCCAUCGUUGAAGUGCGUGGACUUGGUCGUCAAUGAGUUGGCCAAUGUUAUCAGACAGUGUGCUGACACUAUGGCUAGAUACCCACGUCUUCGUGAUGAGUUGGAGAGAAUUGUGGUGUCGUAUAUGCGGGAGCGUGAGCAAACUGCCAAGCAACAGAUUGGAUUGAUCGUCGACUACGAGUUGGCCUACAUGAACACCAAUCAUGAGGAUUUUAUCGGUUUCAGCAACGCUGAAGCAAAAGCAUCACAAGGUCAAUCGGCUAAGAAGAACCUCGGAAAUCAGGUGAUCCGUAAGGGGUGGCUCUCAGUGAGCAACAUCUCCUUUGUUCGUGGAUCCAAGGACUGUUGGUUCGUCUUGACUUCUGACAGCCUGAGUUGGAAAAAGAGAAAAAGUAUUAUGCUUCCAUUGGAUGGAAUCAGAUUGAGGGAUAUCGAGAGGGGAUUCAUGUCGCGUCAACACAAGUUUGCACUUUUCUACCCGGAUGGAAAGAACAUUUACAAGGAUUACAAGCAACUCGAGUUGGGAUGCAACAAUUUGGAUGAAGUCGAUGCCUGGAAAGCUUCAUUCUUGCGUGCCGGAGUCUAUCCAGAAAAACAGAAGGCACCAGAGGACGAGUCGCUCCCAGAAAUGGAGGAAUCGUCGAUGGAUCCUCAAUUGGAGCGUCAAGUGGAGACCAUUCGUAAUUUGGUCGACUCGUAUAUGAGAAUCAUCACCAAAACGAUCAAAGAUUUGGUGCCAAAGGCUGUGAUGCAUUUGGUUGUUAAUCAGAUCGCAAUGAGUAUGCCGAGUUUCUCCACAAGAAGGGACAUCGUUUCACGGAUUUUGACGCUGUCCGAAAAGGAGAUCGAGGAUGAAACCGAUCGUGUCACGGGACAAAACAAGGGAAUCAGUCCCCAUCCAAUCAACCUGAGUGUGUUCUCCCCAAAUGUCUUGAACUUGACUCUUAUCGAUCUUCCGGGUCUUACCAAGGUUCCAGUCGGAGACCAACCAGCCGAUAUCGAGACCCAAAUCCGUGACAUGAUCCUUACUUUCAUCAGCCGCGAGACCUGUCUCAUUCUGGCCGUCACACCAGCUAACAGCGAUCUUGCCACUUCUGAUGCUCUCAAACUUGCCAAGGAAGUCGAUCCACAAGGACUUCGUACUAUUGGUGUUCUUACCAAACUCGACUUGAUGGACGAGGGAACCGAUGCUCGUGAAAUUCUGGAGAACAAGUUGUUCACCCUUCGUCGUGGAUAUGUUGGAGUUGUUAAUCGUGGACAGAAGGAUAUUGUGGGACGCAAGGAUAUUCGAGCUGCCUUGGAUGCCGAACGCAAAUUCUUCAUUUCUCAUCCAUCGUACAGACAUAUGGCUGACCGUUUGGGAACCACUUAUCUCCAACAUACUCUUAAUCAACAACUCACCAAUCAUAUCCGUGACACUCUUCCAACACUUCGUGAUAGUCUUCAAAAGAAGAUGUUUGCUAUGGAGAAGGAUGUUGCUGAGUAUAAGAACUUCCAGCCAAAUGAUCCUGGACGCAAGACCAAAGCUCUUUUACAAAUGGUCACUCAAUUCAACGCUGACAUCGAGCGCUCUAUCGAAGGAUCUUCUGCCAAACUGGUUUCUACCAAUGAGCUAUCUGGAGGAGCCCGCAUCAAUCGUCUUUUCCACGAGCGUUUCCCAUUCGAAAUUGUCAAAAUGGAAAUCGACGAGAAGGAGAUGCGAAAAGAGAUUCAAUUCGCUAUCCGUAACAUCCAUGGUAUCCGUGUUGGUCUCUUCACUCCAGAUAUGGCUUUCGAAGCGAUCGCCAAGAAGCAGAUCGCUCGUCUGAAGGAGCCAUCGUUGAAGUGCGUGGACUUGGUCGUCAAUGAGUUGGCCAAUGUUAUCAGACAGUGUGCUGACACUAUGGCUAGAUACCCACGUCUUCGUGAUGAGUUGGAGAGAAUUGUGGUGUCGUAUAUGCGGGAGCGUGAGCAAACUGCCAAGCAACAGAUUGGAUUGAUCGUCGACUACGAGUUGGCCUACAUGAACACCAAUCAUGAGGAUUUUAUCGGUUUCAGCAACGCUGAAGCAAAAGCAUCACAAGGUCAAUCGGCUAAGAAGAACCUCGGAAAUCAGGUGAUCCGUAAGGGGUGGCUCUCAGUGAGCAACAUCUCCUUUGUUCGUGGAUCCAAGGACUGUUGGUUCGUCUUGACUUCUGACAGCCUGAGUUGGUACAAGGAUGAUGAGGAAAAAGAGAAAAAGUAUAUGCUUCCAUUGGAUGGAAUCAGAUUGAGGGAUAUCGAGAGUGGAUUCAUGUCGCGUCAACACAAGUUUGCACUUUUCUACCCGGAUGGAAAGAACAUUUACAAGGAUUACAAGCAACUCGAGUUGGGAUGCAACAAUUUGGAUGAAGUCGAUGCCUGGAAAGCUUCAUUCUUGCGUGCCGGAGUCUAUCCAGAAAAACAGAAGGCACCAGAGGACGAGUCGCUCCCAGAAAUGGAGGAAUCGUCGAUGGAUCCUCAAUUGGAGCGUCAAGUGGAGACCAUUCGUAAUUUGGUCGACUCGUAUAUGAGAAUCAUCACCAAAACGAUCAAAGAUUUGGUGCCAAAGGCUGUGAUGCAUUUGGUUGUUAAUCAGGUCAGCGAAUUCAUGAAAGACGAACUUCUGGCUCACCUUUACCAAUGCGGCGACACUGAUGCUCUCAUGGAGGAAUCACAACUGGAAGCUCAGAAACGCGAAGAAAUGCUUCGCAUGUACCACGCCUGCAAGGAAGCCCUCCGUAUCAUCUCCGAAGUCAACAUGAGCACUCUCGGCGACACUCCACCAUCACUUCCAGUCACCGACUACCGUCCAUCCGGACCAUCUUCAGCUCCACGCCCAGCUCCAGCUCCACCAGGCGGACGUCAAGCUCCAAUGCCACCAGGACCACGUGGACCGGGAGGACCACCACCACCUGGAAUGCGCCCACCACCAGGUGCUCCAGGAGGUGGAGGCAUGUAUCCACCAUUGAUUCCAACAAGAGUACCUACACCAUCCAAUGGAGCACCGGAGAUACCUGCCCGUCCUCAAGUACCAAAACGACCAUUCUAA